CUACACAUUCACCGAAUAUUCCAUACCACUCGAUCUGAAUAAACCUCCUCCCACCUGGAAAUUGAAAAUAAAAGCUGAAGCCCCUCGGCCCUCUCCUUGUUGGUUCUAUUUAUGCCAAUUUCUCUUGCAAAGUCUUCUCUUUUAUUAACCUCAGGAAUUUUAAUGGCUAUAUCCUCAUUCGGUUCAACUCUGUCGUCGUCUUCUUUUCUUGCUUUGCUUCGUUUUGAUUUUCUCCAUCUCUUCUUUUCUUCUGAAUCGUACACUUCUCAGAUUCGUAGUCGACCCUGUAUCGUCUUUUGACACACAAUUAGGUAUCAACCGUUGCAGCAGCCUCUAGCCAUGGGAAAGCGUAAUGCUCAGCGUAAAAAUAUUGCCAUGUUGGAUACCGAUGACGAUGAUAAUAGUAGUGUGAGUUCGUCAUCGACUAUUAAAUCCGAUCGCAUGUCGGUGCUUGGGACCGAGGAAGUUCAGCUUGAUAAAGAUAGUUUAUUAGAACAAGCUCUGGAUGCUUUAUAUGAGAAGAGGGGUUCGACAAGAGAGAAAGCUUUGGCAUCAAUUAUUGACGCAUUCAAUAGCAAUAUGCAGCAUCAAUUUGUGGAAAAGAAAUUUGCUACUUUGUUACAUCAAUGCCUUGGUUGUAUAAAGAAAGGGUCAAGCAAAGAGAUAGCUCUAGCAUCUCAUGCCAUUGGAUUAUUGGCUUUGACAGUUGGCUGCGGUGAUAAUGCGCAUGAAAUAUUGAAAGACUCGGUCACUCCUAUUUCUCAAGCUCUUAAAUCUGGCUCUGAGCCCACAAAGACAGUAUCGCUACUGGAGUGUUUGGCUGUUAUCACGUUUGUUGGAGGAAAUGAACCAGAAGAAACAGAACGAUCAAUGCAAAUCAUGUGGCAACUGGUCCGCCCUAGACUGGGCUCUAACGUGGUUGCUGUCAGACCUUCUGCUCCUGUAAUAACAGCAGUGGUGUCUGCCUGGGCCUUUCUUCUAACAACCAUGGAAGGAUGGACACUUGAUCCUAAAGAUUGGCAAGAGUCGAUUUCUUAUCUUUCUGGUCUGCUGGAUAAGGAUGACCGAUCAGUACGCAUUGCAGCUGGUGAAGCACUGGCUUUAAUUUUUGAGAUGGGAAGUUUGGAAAAGUUCACUGCUGAACCUAAAGAUUCUACUGAUGGUUCAGUUCAAGAAGGAAAUAAAUCUCGGGAAGGAUUUACACAUAUACAAGGAUUGAAAGUUAAAAUCCUAAGUCAAGUAAGAAACCUUUCUGCAGAGGCAGGUGGAAAAGGAUCCACUAAGAAAGAUCUUAAUAGCCAGCGGAACUUAUUUAAGGAUGUCUUGGAGUUUCUCGAGUAUGGUUAUUGCCCUGAAAACUCAAUGAAGAUUGGAGGAGAUUCACUACAGACAUCUACAUGGUCUCAACUGAUACAGCUGAACUUUUUAAAGCACUUUCUUGGCAGUGGGUUCGUUAAGCACAUGCAGGAUAAUGACCUCCUUCAUGAUGUCUUUGGGUUCAUGCCAAAGAAGAAAUAUCUUCAAGGCAUCGAACAUCAAAUGUCUAGUAGUGAAAAGAGGAUGUACAAGUCUCCAAAUUCAGUCCUCAACAAAGCCAGGACCCAAUAUCUGAACAAGCAGCGGAUGUUGUCUAAGGAUAGAAAUGUUGGGCAUUUUGCUAUUAAUAUUGGUGACGACGAGGCAUGAGGUGCCCAAUUCAAUUAGUUCAUAGGCUAAUGCUACUUGAUAAACAUCUGCAGGAUUAAUUAAGAGGGUUGUGGUUUAGGUGUGGGCGGUAAUAGGAGGGAAUCAUUUUAUUGAUGCUGCUGUCUGGAUUAAACAGAGAUGAGAAUGUUGUCUUGUGUGAUGCUGUUGGUUCUUUUUACGACAAUAAAUUUGUUUAUGAACUGCCAAAAUAUAAUCUCCCUCCCUUGACAUAAGCAGGGUCUGCCUUCGUCUUGUUGGUCAUUGCAUUAGGGAGAUGGAGCUAGAUGGGGAAAGCAACCCAAUUGUCAUAUCAUAUGUGCCAAAGAUUAUUGGCUGAAGAUGUUAAUAAAUUUUAUUUUUUAAUUUGUUUA